AUGCAGUGUUCUUAUGAUAAUAAAGGAAACAGUGUGCCUACAAUACUUCUUAUGAUGCAAAAGCGAUUGUAUUCAGGAGGAGGCCUUAAAGCAGAAGGAAUAUUCAGAAUAAAUGCUGAAAAUAGCCAGGAAGAGCGUGUUCGGGACCAAUUAAACAAAGGUGUAGUCCCGCAUGGAAUUGAUGUUCAUUGUUUAGCAGGUUUGAUAAAGGCAUGGUUUAGAGAGCUUCCUUCAAGGGUACUUGAUCCACUCACACCAGAACAGGUGCUGCGCUGCAACACAGAAGAUGACUGCACAAGACUGGUGAAGACACUUCCUCCAACAGAAGCUUCACUGCUUGAUUGGGCCAUCAAUCUGAUGGCGGAUGUUGCGCAGAAUGAACAGCACAACAAGAUGAAUGCACGCAACAUUGCUAUGGUUUUUGCACCGAACAUGACUGAGAUGGCAGAUCCUUUAACUGCAUUGAUACAUGCAGUGCAAGUUAUGAAUUUCCUGAAGACACUGAUUUUAAAAAUCCUGCGUGAGCGAGAGGAAUCAGCUGCAGAGGCUACACUGCAUUCACCAAGCUCGAAAUCUCCCAACCACAACAGUGACACUGUGUAUUCAUUCAUGGGCGAAUCCUUUGGGCAGAAUCUAAAUACCUGUGCCCCCAAGGGACCUGUUGAUGAUAUCUCAUUCAGGACUACCAGUUCGGACAGCCCGAAAGCUGACAUUGAUGAGAAACUGUGGUGCUCUCCGGUAUUAAGUGACGGGGAAGAUGAACUUGAGUCCAAUUCACACAGCAGCAUGUCUACUAAGAGUGCGGAAGCUGUGCAGCCACCCGGUGUUUCAGUUGAGUAA